AUGGAUCCUGGAACUGUUCCCGACGCAGUAAGAGCGCAACCGCAGCAGAUUUUAACGGCAGAAGCUUUGCAAGCAGCUCUUGCGGCGUUGCUGCCCGGUGCCAACCUAGGGGCAGCCCAGCUGCUAUCAGUGCCCGCGCAGCACGCAGCCCUCAGCCAGGCAUUACAAGUCCAGCCAGAGCAUCCAAGCUUAACGAAACAGCCGGGAAAGCGAAAAGCGACUAAAACAAGCGUCGAGGAAAUUUCGACCGCCACGGGCCCGCCGCGCCCUCCACCUAUUAAGCAUGAAGUAUACGAAGAUCUAGAAGAAAAAUUCAACCAGUUGCAAGCAGAUCGUGAGCAAAAGCGCCACCGCGGCAACCCAAAGGGCUACCAGAUCAAGUCCUUCUGCAAGAACCCGGCAUGCGGCAAACAGCUGAAUGGCGGCCGCACCAACCGGUGCGAGCACUGCGGCUUCGACCUGGCGUCCCACCGCCGCAACUCACAGCUGGAGCGGCUCAUCAAAUCAGGUCCCCUGACACACGCGCAGGUCCGCACCUCCCUCCGCGAUGCGGCGAAUGAGGUUCAUGUACGGACGGGCGGCAAGGCGGUGGUGCUGACGCUGAUGUACAUUGAGGGAGGAGGUCCAGCGCCGGCGCAGGCCAUCGCUUACGGGAAGCCGGCGGCGGCGUUUGUGGAGAGCCGUAAGGAGCUCAUCACCAGCUUUGAGGCGGCAUGCAGGGAUCACUUCCGGGAGCAGCAGCAGUCGCCGCCGGGUGCACCACCGGGUGUACAGCCCCUACAGCCGCUUCACCACCCGCAGCUGCACGGCCCUUUAAAUCAGCAGCACCAACACCACAAUGAGGCGGCGGCUGCCGCCCAGCUCGGCAACCCGCCGCCGCUUCUCGCCCCUCCUGGUACCACCACUGCCGCCUCCGUUGCGGCCGCCGGUCGUCCUUGUACCCUAGGCCCCAGCAGCCAACUCCUGUCGACGGUUAACGCGGCGGCGGCGGCGGCAGCCGCAGCCGCUGCGGCAGCGGCGGCCGCCCCUGCCGGUGGCGCUUUACAGCCUGGGGGACAGCCGCCACCGCCUGCAGCGGCCCCAGCCCUUCUGCCCCCGGCAGGGCUCACGACCCCUCCUGGACCCCCGAUGGACUUGGAGGGGGUCAUCGCCUCCACGCUGACGGACCCGUGGGUCGCUAUUGCGCGCUGCCGCGAGGCACGCGUGUCUGGAGAGGUGUUGGCGCGGCUGCCGCAGUCGAUGCAGCUGACGGUGUUGAUGCAGGCGGGUCUGCUGCCCGGGGAGGCUGCCAGUGUGGUGGUGGAGCUGGAGUCGCGGCAGCGGCUGCAGCAGCUUCCUGUCCUGUCACUGGCGGCCAUUGCACAGCAACUGGCCCAGCUGCCACAGCACCAGCAACACACGGCAGCCCCGCCGCCGCCGCCAGCUAUCGCCCUGGUCCACGCCGCCACGCAGCAGCAGCAGCAGCAGCCGGGUGCUGGGCUCCAGCAUCAUCAUGCGACACCACCGCCGCCGCUGCAGGCGCAGCCACCGGCAGUGCAGGCGUGGGGAACGGGAGCGGGGAGCGCCCCGGGACCUAAUGGUGCUGCAAUGGCCGGCGGCGGUGGUGACGGUGCCACCGCCGCAGCCGCUGCCGCUCCAGGUGGGCUCCAGCCUUAUCAUCAUCAUGCCGCGGCGAGCUGCGGCCUGGUUCCGAGCGGGGCGGCAGCGGCGGCGGCGGCGGCGGCGGCAGCGUUACAUGGUGGCGGCGGCAUGGGGCCCCUCCUGGGGCCGAUACAGGCGGCGCUCAUGGCCGCAGCGGCGGCGGGCUCGACCGCAGAGGGCGUCCUUGGACAAGCCACACAGGCGGUGACAGUGGCGAGCCACGGGAACCAACAGCAGCAGCAGCAACACCACCACCAGCAACAGCAGCAGCAGCAGCUCCAGGGAUUGGCGGCGGGUACACAGGCGCCGGGGCAAAUGCCAGGACCGGACUUAGGCGCUAGCGGACUAGGGGCUCAGUCGGUGGUGCAGGUGCAGGAACCUGCGCCGGUCCUAACACAGCUGCUGCAGCCGCAGCUGUAA